UGUCGUGCGCGCAACAUGUAUGAAGGAAGAUCGUUUUCGAGGCCUGUGUAUUAGAAAUCGAAUUGACGAAAAAUCGUGAAAAAAGGUGGUGGUGAUUAACACAUUUCGAGUUAUCUUCAUUCUUCUUUUGCACGCGUAGAUAUACAGUUCGAGAUAUUAAUCAAAAUUAACUUUCCGAUCAAACAAAACAAAUUUUUAUUCCUGAAAAAAUAAUUUUUUCUGAAGCUUGCGAACACACGAUGCUUGUAAAUAAUUAUUUCACAGAGAUUACAAUUGAAUUCGAGUAUAACAAUUAAAUGAUGAUAGUGAUAAAUUGAAUAUUUCGAUUGUGUGUAUUUGAUUUGAUAGAACAAAGAAAGAAAAAAAGAGAAAGAUAAAUUAAUGAUCUUAAUAUUGAAAAAGUGAAAUAAACGGCAAAAUUUGUUUAAAUGAUCGUAUGAAGAAUCAGGAAGCGGAAGAUGUUGCUACUCAGGGUGAUCGUAAUAUCGAUCAUAUGUUGGAUCGUAAAGUGCGAUCUGCUGGAUCUUUAUGUUCAGCACAUGGAUGAGACUAUGAGGACAAAAUUGUACAGUAAUAAGCGACAUUCUAUACAUCCCGUUUCCAGAAGGAUAAAAAGGAGCUCCGAGGAUGAAGAAUCGCAGUUGGAAAUUUACAAGAAGAUACGAUUGGAGGAGCCAGAGUGGUGGAAGCAAUGGAUAGCCUGGAAGGAAAUUUCUUAUCCAAAGGACGUUUUGGACUAUUUGAAUGAACAAGAGAAGAGAAUCUCUUUUAUAAAAGACGCUUUGGACCAUUUGAAUAAACAAGAGAAGAAUCUUAAUCCUGAUCAACACCAAAUGCUCUCGAAUACGAUGCAAGAUUCUAAAGAUCCUGAGGAAACGAUGAAAUCGACAGCAUCUAGCAUCGUUAAAGACUUGAGGAACAACGAACCUCCGAUCGUUCGUGAGAAUCAAACUGAUGUCGGAAAAUUCGUCGUCGAACCUCUAGAAUUUGCAGGAGAUAUUUCAGCGGAAAACUUGGAGGAUCCCGAAGAAAUGGAGAACAACAAGGAGAGUUUGGACUUUGAAAUCAUCAGCGAGAACGAGCGAAUUAAUCUGAAGCCAUUCGAUGAUCCAAGUUUCAAAAGGAUACCGAAACUGUUGGAAAACCCAAUACCAAAGAAGUAUUUUCCUCUCACGGAAAAGUCAAUGAAGAAUCACAACAUCGAGGACAAGAAGAUGAGAUUCGCAAGAAGCGCGAAGGAAGGUGGAAAUAAUCGAGGAGUAUUUAAUGCCAAAGCGCCAAAGUUCACCAGGUACGAGAAGCUGGACGAGGACGGUGACGUGAUCCUCGAGUGGGAUCCUUCGGACAACGAGGAAGUGACGUUUAGGGUCACUGCUAAGACCCUGGGCUAUGUCGGCAUCGGCUUCAACGAGAAGAGCCAUAUGAUGGGCGCAGACAUCUUACUCGCUUGGGUGGACGAUCACACUGGCGUUGUCAAUCUGCUGGACUCACAUGGUAUCGAGAUGAAGGCCGCACCGGUUACUGACACGUCCCAGGAUGUCAGGGUACUCGGUGGUUCGCAAAACGAGACCCAUACCACUGUCACGUUCGCCAGGAAGUGGCAGACGUGCGACCCUCAGGAUCAUCGGCUCACAGAGGACACCGUCAGAGUACUGUGGGCUCUACAUCCAACCGAUCCAGAAUUAAACACGGCUAUGUGGCACGAGAAUAGACGAGGAGGAAAGGCCCUAAGGCUGAAGACAGCUGCGGCACAUUCGCCACCGCGAGAAACUCGAAAUAUACGACACUGGGACGUGAAACUUAACCAGUUUGAGGUGGUCGACACGGACACCAUCUACUGGUGCAAGAUCUUCAAGGCCUCCUCGCUGAGAGAAAAACAUCACAUGAUAGGGUACACGCCGCUCGUGGAGAAGGCCAACGAGGAUCUGGUCCAUCACGUGAUCCUGUACGAGUGCGCAUCGACGUCGUCGAUCCUCGGCGAGCAUGCCAGGAUGUCGGGUGCCCCUUGCUACAGUCCGACGAUGCCACGAGUAUGGGAAUCGUGUCUACAACCCGUCCUCGCUUGGGCUCGUGGUAGUAAAGGGGAGUGGAUGCCGGAACACGUCGGUAUACCUGUAGCGGAACACGGCGAGAGCUCGUAUUACAUGCUGGAAGUCCACUAUAAUAACCCGAGCAUGAAGAAAGUAAAAGACAGCAGCGGCGUAAGACUCUACUUGACUCCGAAACUUCGUCCUCAGGAAGCAGGCAUCCUCGUGGCCGGUGUCGCAGUUAGCCCUCUUCAUUUAGUACCCCCGAAGCAAAAGGAAUAUGCUACCGCCGGAUACUGCACUCCGCAUUGCACCAAUAAGACGUUCCCCGAGGAUGGUAUCAAUAUCGUGUCGGUUGUCCUGCAUUCACAUUUAGCCGGACGUCGUCUCAGCUUGAAGCACAUUCGACGAGGUAAAGAAUUGCCGACGAUAGUCCAGGACAAUCACUUCGACUUCGACUAUCAACAGUCUCAUACGUUGGAGAAGGAAGUGAAGGUGUUACGUGGGGACGAGCUCGUCGCUGAAUGCGUUUAUGGCACUUUGAAUAGAACGAAACCGACUUUAGGCGGCUAUGCGGCUACCCAGGAAAUGUGUCUGGCCUUCGUUCUACAUUAUCCCAGGACAUCACUCGCUGGUUGCUAUAGCGUGACACCUGUCAAGGAUCUCUUCAGGACCCUCGGCGUGCACAGCUUCAGGGGGAUGACGAUGGAUUACUUGGAGAAGCUAUUCCUCAUGAAUGGAACCGACUUGACUCUGCCUUCGACUUAUGAACAACAGCUUGCCGCUUCUCCGUUCGGGAGACCAGCAGACAAUAUCGAUAAGGCUCUUGUUAAAGAAGCUGAGUCCGCGUUAAGAGCGAUGAAAGAUCACACGAAAGAAAGCGAGGACGUCUUCUCGCGACUCAUUAUCGAGGAGCCCGCAGAAUUCCGAGGUCGCACUAUGGCUGAACAUAUGCUGGCUUUGCCAUGGACGGAAGAAUUGCUAGCAAGAUCGAUAGAAAAUAGUCUUUAUCACGGCAGACAUAUGACAUUCUGCAGAAAAAGAGACGACCAAUUGGCAUUGCCGACAGAUAUUCAGACCUUCCCAAAUUACACGGCAUUACCGGAAAUAAACGACACAACUUGUACCGAAUUUAGGAACACGUCUGGUUCUUCUGGAAUUUUUUAUAUCUCCGUGAUAAAUCUGGUCACUAUCAUCAUCGUAUCGAUUGUUAUGUUGAUGCGACGUACACGUCACGUUGUUUUGCCCGUACGAUCGUGGCAAUACAUCGGACUCUUAAUAGUAUCGCUCGCGUGUCUGACUUUAGGAUUAGUAUCCAGAGAUAGGGAGGGACAUUCCGGUAGUCUCGCAGGACCCGAACUCACGCAUCAAGCUCCCCAUGAGGUGGACGCCUGUCCAAACUUACAUCCUUUCGCCAAAAUGCCUGCACAUCUGAUUACUGAGCCGGAGAAAAUUACCAAACCGAUCAACGAUAAUGAAAUUAAAGUAUCCAAGUCACCUACAUCUCGAAGAAUCUCUCGAUCGCUAAGUCUUGAUCGCUUCAAGUCUAGAAUCGAUUCGCAGAAGAUUGAAGAACCAACAUCCAGAAAUCUAAGGGCGAUCGGGAGACUUUCAAGAUCCAGGACUCGUACAUCUGACAACGAAUCUAUCAACCGAUUUCGAGAAUCCCGAUUUAAGAGAAUCACGGACGCCAGAAACUCGUUCGAUUCCGCCACUCGGCUUUCUCGAUCGCAGGAUUUAUCCGUUCGAGCAACCGAUCGCCGUUCUACUGUGCGAGAUUUCGAGCGCCGUGUGGCCGAUCGUACGAAUUCCCGAUCCGUACGUGAGCGACGCGAGUUCGAUAGAAUCGCGCAUCGGCAAAAUCGCGUCGAUCGCUCGGCGGAUCGACGAGAUUCUUCGAAUCUUCAGCUUCGUACGAGCGAUCGCAGGUCACUCUCGAUGGAACGACGAGGACCGAGUGAGAUCAAUCGGCAACAAUCGCGCAAUGUUCUAGCUAGUCGUCGCGAUUACCGAGAUCUGACGCGAACUCGCAUAGAUUAUCGAUCUGAGAUACGCGAACGCGGAUCGCGAUCUGUCGAACGUCGAGAUGCGGAACGAUCGAGUCGUCGCGAAAAUCGCGAAAGUCUCCUGAGGGCUCAUUCGGAAAAUAUCGCACGAGGAAACAUCGAUCGUAACAACAAUCUGAAUCGUCGAAAUCGAGAGAGAUCACUCGACACUCGCCGCGCUCUCCUCGAUCGCGUUGCUAGGAAUUCUCGCCGAGAUCUUGUCAGAUCCAAUGAUCGUCGAUUGCAAUCUCGAUCUAUGGAACGUGUCAAUGAUUUCGACCGCGAGAUACUUAACAGGCGAGUCAGAUCGGUUGAGUCAAAUAUUGAAAGGUCUAACGAACGCAGAUUAUCCUCUGAACGUAGAUCUUUGACUCGAUCUAUGGAAAGGAAUCGUGUCGAGCACCAAAGAGUGGAGAAUCGCCUUACUGAUCGAAGAUCUCUAGACCGUAUGAGGUCGCGAGUUUCGUCCGAGGACGUACGUCGAGAGAGGAUAAAUCGUUCGCAAAGAAUCGUAAGUCAACGUGAUUCGCGCGCUGCGAGAGAAAAUUCUAGGACUAUUCCAGCACGAUCGCUUUAUGAUUUCGAAGACAUCUCGAAUCGGGAACGAAGUGAAAGACACAUUCGCUCUUCCCGUUCCUUCGAUCGUAAUUCGAUGUAUCGUCGGGAACUCGCACAAUUCAGAGAGUCUAGAGAUCGAAGGUCGCAAGAUUCUUCAACAGAGCGACGUGAAAGGAUGAAUCGCGUAUACCGAUCUCGCGACGAACGAAGAACUGUCCCGCAGCAAUCUCGCGAACAAAUUGAACGACGAGCGUCCAGGAGAGUUUCGGAAAAUCGAGUCUUAGAACGACGAAGUAAUCCAGAUACGACGCGUCUCGAUUCCCGAAGAUCGUCCGAGCGGAAAAUCGAUGAGAACGCGAGAUCGCGCGAAGUAUCUAGGAUGGCAGACAGACGUCUAGAUCGACGAGCCGCAGAACUGCGAAUUUCUCACCGAAGGGAUCUGGAGGAACGAUCUGCCGCUAACUCGCGAAAAUCGAUCGAGCGAAGGAUCGACGACAGCUCGAGAUCACGCGAAGGAUCCAGGAUGCAAAAUCGACGUGUGGAGCGUAACUCUGACCUACGCAACGCAAUCUCGAUGCGAGUAAUGGAUCGCAGAGCGAAUAGAUCAGUUUACGAAAACAGAAAUCUUCGUACAUCGGAAGAGAGGUCGGAUACCCGACGCGAUCGACAGAUCAGAAAUCUGGAGCAGCGUCGGGUAGCUCGAUCAGUCGAGAAUCGACUUGUCGAGUCUUCUGAAAGAGAUUCUAUUAGACAAUUGCGUCGCAGAUCAUCGAAUUUGAAUGUUAAGGACUCAUCGCGAUUCGCUUCUCUUCGUUCUCGAGUUGUUAGAGCUUCUCAUGUUCCUGAAGAAAAUCGCGAACGACGAACAUUAUCUGUUGAGAGGGUGGAAAGGAUCGCAUUUAAUAAUCGAUUUUCAACAAAAUGGGAAAGGAAUUCGCAUGACACAAGCAUCGAGAAAAUGCAAGCGAAAAUCAUUCCCGAAUCAAUGAACUAUGAAGUUUUCAAAUAUCCUACAACGUAUGACUUUAUGAGACAAGCUUUCGUCCUGGCACUUUGUACGGUUUACGGGCUUUCUAUCUAUAAUGGCAAAAAAACUUUUGGCAACAACAUGGUACAGCAGAUGCAACGUUUUAUAGUUGGAUAAAAGGAAAAAAUAGUUGAUUCCCAAAAUGGCACUAAUAACCGCUCUCUGAACCUGCUUCUGUGUGUCGAUUUUAUUAUUGCAUUAAUGAAAAUCUUUUCUUGCAAUGUGAUGUUUCCAAAUUUACUCAAGAUAUUAAUGUAUAUUAAUGUACAGUGUGUAUGUAUUCCGCAAAAAUGUCAUAUAUGUAUCUUUAAGAAGAUAUAUUUUGUCCGAAAAUAAAUAGUAUUAGAGUCGCGUAGUUAAACUCA